CCACGUAACGAGCUCGGGGACAGCGGUCUGUGGACACGGCUCUGGAGACUCAUAACAGCGUAAAGAUCUGGAUUUUACACAAAGGAAAGAGUCCGCGCAUUUUGCACAUCAACUGAGAAGAAGAAGAAAAAGGAGAAGAAGAAGAAGAAGUGCGCGAGCUGAACUCUGCACAGACACGAGCCUCAGACAAGAUCCUCAGACUGAGGCCUCGUGCUGCAGAUGGAUCCAAACACGGCUCGUAGCGUCUGGGAGCACUUCCUCAUCUGACACUCUGAAGCUCUUCUUCACCUGUUUUUAAGACCUCGGCUCCCUGCGGUGCACCAGCCUUUACAAACGCAGUGACUGAGAACUCGCCUCCAGCUUUCAAAACAACUCAAGGCAGAUCACUUUCAAAUGUUCUACACAAAAGUUUUAGACUCAUUGCGUUUUCCAGCUCGUUUUUAAUUUUAACCCCAUGGACCAAACUCGGAAUAAGCUGCAUGUUUUUAGAAUCUACUGACCUGAACAAAAUGGACGCUCUGUUUGAAUCGGGUUGAGCGUUGGCCCACCUCACCCCCUUCCUCCUGGGUUUUCAGUAGAAAGAGGGUGGGGAUUGGUGCAGUGAUUUUAGCCCGUAGUUUCUGCGUUGGCUGGAUCACAUUGGCAUCGCCGUAACGAAUACCGUAUAUUACCGGAAGUUGGCAUUCUACCGUUACCCGUUUCACUUUUCAUGAAAUCCUGCCAAAACGUCAAAGAAGAGGUUUUUAUCCCUGGCCUUAGCGUAAUGUCCCAAGAGGAGGGGCACAGGGGGCAGGUGUCCGCAACCUAUUUUCACCCAACGCCAAGUUCGGAUCUAGAUUUGGCCGGUAAAGUUUAUAAGUGCGAAGUCGGCGAAACGCAUUACCCAGGGCUAGUGGACAAUAAAAUGUCAGGGAAGCCCUCUAUGGGUGACCAGAAUGUCGUUAACCCGCAGCAGUAUUUCAGGGAGGGAGGGGCUGGGUCAGAGGGCGCGGGUAAGCAGGAGGGCGGCGGCGGUGGUGAUGGGUCAUCCGAGGAAACAGACGACGAAGACGAGGACGGCGAAGAGGAAGAUGGCGACGAGAGCGGGUUUAAGCGCGAGCAAAUCAUCGUGGAGGUGAAUCUGAACAACCAGACGCUGCACGUUUCCAAAAGCGAUAAUAAAAGUGAAGACAUCGAGAUAAACGACGAGGACGAGGAGGAAGAAGAUGACGAAGAAGAAGAGGAGGAGGAGGAGGAAGAGGAAGAGAGUGAGGAAACGGACGAGGAAGAGGAGGACGACAUUGAACUGGAAAGUCGUACGACGAGAUCCCAAAGAGCUCGCAGGGGAUUGGACAACACAGACAGCGCUCCAAGAAGGAAGAGUGUUCGGACUGCUCUGAGCCCCUCUGCCUCUGACGCCGCAGGAAUGACCACAAGAGGCCGCCGCAAGCACAUGGAGGCCCCGAAAGGCAAGAAGAGACUGGGCAGGACCGGGCAUCAGUCCAGCAGAGGGUCUGCGGGUGGCGCUGUGGGGAGUAAGGCGGAGGUGGAGGACAAGGAGAUGCUCGCGUGUGAGAAGUGUCCGCGCGUCUUUAACACCCGCUGGUACCUGGAGAAGCACAUGAACGUCACACACAGACGAAUGCAGAUCUGCGACAAGUGUGGGAAGAAGUUUGUACUGGAGAGCGAGCUCGCCCUGCACCAGCAAACAGACUGUGAGAGGAACAUACAGUGUGUCUCCUGUAAUAAGUCGUUUAAGAAGCUCUGGUCUCUUCAUGAACAUAUAAAGAUCGUUCAUGGAUACGCAGAAAAAAAGUUCUCAUGUGAAAUCUGCGAGAAGAAGUUUUAUACCAUGGCCCACGUCCGAAAGCACAUGGUUGCUCACACCAAGGACAUGCCCUUCACCUGUGAGACCUGUGGGAAGUCCUUCAAACGCAGCAUGUCCUUGAAGGUCCACUCCCUGCAGCACUCUGGAGAGAAGCCAUUUCGCUGUGAGAACUGUGACGAGCGUUUCCAGUACAAGUACCAGCUCCGCUCCCACAUGAGCAUCCACAUCGGACACAAGCAGUUCAUGUGUCAGUGGUGCGGAAAAGACUUCAACAUGAAGCAGUACUUCGACGAGCACAUGAAAACACACACAGGAGAGAAGCCGUUCAUCUGUGAGAUUUGUGGGAAGAGCUUCACGAGUCGUCCCAACAUGAAGCGUCACCGCCGCACACACACGGGGGAGAAGCCGUACCCCUGUGAGGUGUGUGGACAGCGCUUCCGCUUCUCCAACAUGCUCAAAGCUCACAAGGAGAAGUGCUUCCGGGUCACGACCCCUAUGAUGCUCCAGAGCGCACCAUCUGUCCCAGUGCGCGUAUUUGCCAACACCUUCUCCACCGCCUCCAGCCCGGGACCUUCGGGACCCGCACCCAUUUCCGCCUCUGCACCCGUCACUUCCUCUGCACCCAUCUCCUCCUCUGCACCUCUGGGUCUCAGCGUGUCGACAGCGCCUGUGCCUCAGAGAGCGCCCAUGGGACACACAUACGCACAUGUACAGCUCCCCUCCGACCCCUCCCACCACCACCACCACCCUCCUCACCCCCCCACAGCCCAGCAGCACCUCACUAACGCCCCACCCCACCUUCUCGCCGUGCCCCCCGGGUCACACCUGCCCCCUCCCCCCGCCCUGUUCAAGAGCGAAGGCCUGAACCACUGCGGACACGAGGACAGUUAUCUGCAUCACAUGGGUCCCACAGAGAAGGCUCCGCAGCAGCACUGAGCCACUCCCCUGUCCCCUCUUCUGACACCUCUCCCUCUCUCCUGUCACCUGUCCCGUGUCACCUCUCCCUUCUACUGUCCCCUCUCCUCUAUCCCCUGUCCCCUCUCCCCUGGCACCUGUCCCCUCUCCUCUCUCCUUGGUCCCCUCUUCUGUCCCUGCCUGAAAGAAGAUAAAUGUCCACCUCUUCUAACAGCCCUAACCUCUGUAAAAGUCUCUCAGAGUGACUUGUUUAUAUGGAGCAGCUCUCCGUAUAUAUAGUUCCGUUCUUGUUUCUCCCAGUCCAUUGAGACACUGCGUUGAGUGUCCGUUUCAUCUAAAGCUGCUGGCGUGCGACAUUAGGAUUCACGGCUCAGUUCGCUUCAUGUUUAAGUGACCUUUAGCUGCACAUGGGUCGGACCGUGGGGUUUAAUACUCCCUACGCUCUGGGUUUGGGAUGCACACGUUUAAUGAAUGUUCGACUGUUCUGAACUUCCUGAAGCAGAGGGUUUCGUUGGAGAGAAGCUGUGUCGUAGGUUACAGUGGGACAAGGACAAGAAAGCGGUUUUGUAAAUGUUCCGUGAAUCUGGACCAAAGAGAUUCACGACAAGUUAAAGGUGCUGUUCAUUCCUUGUUUUUUUUUCCCACUUUUAUUUCAUUUCCUGCAGUUAAAUAUCAUAAAAUUAUGUAGUCUCUGAGGAUGUUUUUAGACAUCGAGAUUCAGAUUUUUGUUGUGACACAGUCCACGUUAUGCAGGUUACCGAGGCGAUCUCAAGCACACACAAAAACAAUACUGCCACUGGUUCAGCUCAGUUCAACCUCAACUUUUCUUAUGGUCGGUAAAAGCUUGUACAUUUAACAGGACACUACUGCCACUGUGAGAGGCCAAACGCAGGCCUCAUCAGGAUCACACCUCCUCUGCUGCUGUUCAACUAUACGGGUUCAAAGGUCAUUCAUGCCUGUACUAUUCACCUGGGACCUCCAUCUCAACAGUUUAAUCCAUUUCGCUAACAUUAUUCCAGAUUAUGUGAACAUCACCUUCUGCUCUGUACUCAAAUGCAUUGAAUGUUGCCUCCACAUAAGGACUCAAGUUUAUGUUCUAAGCAUUGCUCCUAGUUUAGCUAUAUUGUUACUAGCUAUAACGCUAUUAGCAUAGGAAAAGUUAGGACAAGACACAGUUAUAAAUCGUACCACGUUUUAGGUGAGAAAAUGUCGAAUUACAUUUGAGAAUGUAAUGUUUUUGGAAAGACUCAGAUCAGUGUUAAUUCAAUUCUUUUGGUAGCAGAGGUUUGUACUUCCGUUUCCUGUUUCUUGUCCCCCCCAAAACUGCUUUAUACACAUAGACUGUAUAUAUAAAUGGACUUAGCUAACCUGCUAGCUGCUACGUUCCAAAUAGGAGGUAAUCAUAGGUGCGCUUCCGGCUCCAUCGACUCUGGCUCCAAUUCCCUUUACAUUGAGAAACUGUGGCCCCUCUCUGUAACUCUGUCUAAAAAUGUUCAUAUUUACUCGCUCUAUGAUUGUGGUAUUGUUAUUUCACUAUUAUGUCCAUAAAUUAAGAUAUGACCGUAACCUUCAACAGCCUCGCUCUGGAUUGGCUGUUUGGUUGCUAUGAUACUUGCUGUCAGAAUUCCAAAUAUAGAACAUGGCUCCAAAUCUGUCGCUAUAACUGCUAGCGUUGAUGAGCUUCUUUUGUAACUCAUAGCAUUCGACUCCACUUAGUCCACUUCUUUAUACAGUCUAUGUUUAUGUGCUCCAUUAGGUAGGCUAUACAACAUGGAAAUAUCUAAUAAGUAAACAUAGUACCUUUAACACAAACUCCUUGCUAGCACAGUGUUAGCGUUCAGUCUUGAGUGGCUAACCUCUGUAGUUUAGCCUGUCUCCAUUUUGAAUCCAAACCCUAGAAUUACCCUGCCAGCUCGGUAUCGUGCCCCAGAUUCACUGCUGUGCUUUGGCUAGUGUUUUGCCACACCGAUCUCUGUCUCUGUAUAUAAUUUCGAAAAGCCUUUGUCAAAUUUUUUUUGUGUGUGUGUAUUCUCUGCACUUUACCGCUGCGUGGGUGAGGCGCAGGGAAGGGAGGAUCUGACGAUGCAUUGUGUGGAGCCAAGUGCGGCCGCUGGGUGAAAAGGUGCAAGUGUUGAUGUUUGAGUGGAUGUUUUUAAGGCAAUGAAAGGAGGAGAACAUUCGGGUGGAGGACGGGAGUGAUGGAGAGAUCAUUCAUGCAAAACAUUAGGACCACCUGUUAGCUGUUAAAGCUGCGCUGUGGAACUUUUCUGGCACAGGGUCCGCCACCUGCGAGUCUCCACGGGUUUUCAGAUUUUAGAAUGUGGUGAUGUCAUCUCAAACCCAGCUACAGACAUGUUUCGUCUUUAUCUGUCUGGAAUGUUCCACAGUAUGGCAUUAUGAAUGUCUAUUUAUUCAGUUACCAGUUUUAUUCCCUCCUUAGUAACACACGUGCUUGCUUACUGUGAGAGGAACUGCCUCUUCACAGAUGUGACCUGUAACUUGGCCUGGUGUUGUCCCCGUUUCAUGACAAUAAAACAUUUUAAUAUUUACUAUUCCAGAUAAAGCAAUAAUAUCACCAUGGAGACCAGCAGGUGACAGACGUUCCACCAGAAAGGUUGCAUAAUGCAGCUUUAAAAUGUAUUGUGCACUUGCCCCAUGCACAGAGUUCAAAGGUUAUGCAGCGACAUCAUUUUAUUUGAAAAAUGCAGAGACGGAGCUAUGAACACAACAGACAAAUGUGUUUGGUUUUAUCUGGUCUAAUUUUUGUCCAUUGAGCUGUUGUUUUUUUUUUAGCUCAAAUUAUCUUUAUAGCUUAGCGACAGGGGGAGAUAAAGGAAACUUCAACUCACACCAUAAAAAUAAUUUCCUCAACACAGACUAAGAAACACCUUGAACUGAACCUCUCGCCUUAAACGAGUCUGAUCCAUAGACUCUUUAUAUAAAUAGACAUAGCUAGCGCACUAACCGCCGCGUUCCAAACAGGAAGUGAUCAUGAGCGCACUUCCAGCUCCAUCGACUCGUCAUAUUGGUCUUAAAUGUUCGUAUUAACCCGCUCUACAUGAUCCUGUUUUUUUUUUUUUAUUUCACUAUUGUGUCUGUAAAUCAAGAUAUGAACAUUAAUAACAGACAAAUGAGGCGCCGUCUUUCCUGAGGUCGCUCCUUCUAGCAUUAGCAACAGGUUUGAUCGACAGCGUUUUGGAAUCAGGUCCAAACUAAAUAUUUGUGACUUUUAUAUUAAUUUCAAACUGCAGCAGCUGUGUCACAUUUUAGGUUCAGUGUUUGGAGUUUUUACAGGAGAAAAUGUCAUUACUCACCAGUGACUAAUAUAAAAUUCUGAACAUCAUGAUGUCGUUGCAUAAACUCUGGACCAGCAUUACCAAAACAUAAGCACCUUUCCACACGUGAACCUGUCCAAAAUGGCUGUCCUCUUGAGUAGUCAUAAUGUUUUGUUUGAUCAUGAUUGUUCAGAUGUGGACCUUCUUGUUCUGUUGUUCACUUUGCGUUUCUGUCUAAAGCAUCGCUGUUUUUGGUAAUUCGUUUUGCCUACAAUACUCCUCCUUUCUUUGUGAACUAGAAUGCACUUUUUACUAAAAUCCUUGGCUCGUUAGUAAUAAAAAAUAACAUUGUAUAUUCUUUAAAGAUGUCUAAAAAUCGAUAUACUUUCCCCCUUUGUAUUUUAACCACUUAAUGUAGCAUCACGUAUUUUAUUAUUAUUGUCUGGUACAAAAUGAGCAGCUUUAUAAUGUCCCCGUUUGUUUUGUAUGUUUUAUUUUUGUUUUGUUUUUUUGGAGUUUGAGGAGAAAUUGAAACAAGUGGGCCUUUUUUGAUAAUGUACAUUAACUGUACAAUAACUGACUGCUAACUUUGAGAAGUAAACAAGUAGCCAUUAUUAUCACAACCC